CAUAUACAUAUCUCCAAUUUUAUUUUAUUUACAAUCUAGCUAGCUCAGGAAACUAGUGAGCUGCAAUGGAGGUCCGCUGCAUUCAGUCUCCUACAUUAAGCAGGAUUCCGCCUAGUCGGUUAAUGGAGAAGACGCUAUUCCUACGUGGGCACACAGGAAUGCAGUUUUCCACUAUUGCCCCAACGCUUAGAUUUAAGAGUCAUAAUGUUCGACCAUCAGGUUCUAUGAAAAUCAAGUCAUCAACAACACUAGAUGCUACUUCGAGUGAUGUUGGGAAUAAAGAUGAGAAACUUGUGUUUGUAGCUGGUGCUACCGGUAGAGUUGGAUCACGAACUGUAAGGGAGCUGUUGAAGUUAGGAUUUAGAGUUCGAGCAGGUGUUCGAAGUACUCAGAAAGCUGAACCUCUUGUGAAAAGCGUUAAGGACAUGAAGUCUGAGGAUGUCGGAGGCAAUAACCCCAUAGAUAUGCUGGAGCUAGUGGAAUGUGACCUCGAGAAACCAGCCGAGAUUCUACCAGCUCUAGGCAAUUCAUCCACGGUGAUAUGUUCCAUUGGUGCCAGUGAGAAAGAGGUUUUCGAUGUAACCGGACCAUACAGAAUUGAUUACCAAGCAACCAAAAAUCUGAUUGAUGCAGCAACUUCUGCAAAAGUUGAUCAGUUCAUUUUGGUCACCUCUCUGGGGACGAACAAAUUUGGAUUUCCAGCUGCUAUCUUGAAUUUGUUUUGGGGAGUUCUAUGUUGGAAAAGGAAGGCCGAAGAAGCGCUUCUUGCUAGUGGCCUUCCUUACACGAUAGUGAGGCCCGGGGGAAUGGAGCGCCCAACUGAUUCCUUCAAAGAAACUCACAACUUAACCUUGUCGGAGGAGGAUACAUUGUUUGGUGGCCUGGUGUCCAAUCUGCAGGUAGCUGAGUUGAUGGCUUUCAUGGCCAAAAAUCGACACCUUUCAUGCUUUAAAAUUGUUGAAGUGGUGGCAGAAACUACGGCCCCUUUGACACCCUUUGAUGAGCUACUAAAGAAGAUACCAUCUAAGGGAGGAGAAAUUCCCACUCAGAAGGCUGUGGAAGAGAGUAAAGUGGAUGAGACUAAGACGACAAUUGCAGCAACAGCAAAGGCAACAUCAGCACAAUCUCCAUUUGUUGUGUACGAAGACUUGAAGCCCCCCACAUCGCCAACUCCGAGUGCACCAAUUUUUUCGGGAAACAACAAACCGACGGUGACGGUAAAUGAGAAGCCUGAACCGAAAACCAAACUCCUUUCACCGUAUUUCAUGUAUGAAGACUUGAAGCCCCCCACAACGCCAACUCCGAGUGCACCAACUUUUUCGGGAAACAACAAACCGACAACGACGGUGAAUGACAAGCCUGAACCGAAAACCAAACCCCUUUCACCUUAUUUCAUGUACGAAGACUUGAAGCCCCCCACAUCGCCAACUCCGAGUGCACCAAUUUUGUCGGGAGACAACAGACCAACAACGAUGGUGAAUGAGAAGCCUGAACCGAAAACCAAACCUCUUUCACCUUAUUUCAUGUAUGAAGAUUUGAAGCCACCGAGUUCCCCCAUGCCUUCGUCCCCAAAAUAUUAAUUCAAUUCAUGAUCCCAUCCCAUCCCAUCCAUAAAGUUGUCAUCCAUUUACAAAUAUUAAUCAUCCAUGGCCUCAAAUUGGUUGGUAAAUUCUUGUAUUAAUGUGGUAUAUAUCUGUCUGUCUGUCUGUCAAUCAUGUAAUGUCAAAUUAUGAAUCAAUUGAUUAUAAUCUUAUUGAUUCAAUUUUUGAAUUAAAAUUGGUUGGUUUGAUUGUGUU